AUGACUCCUGCACCAAUUAUACAAACUGCCCCAGUGACUGCUGGUUUAAAGUUCACGCCAGCUGCUGAUGGUAAAAAACACAAGUCGAGAGCUGCUGACCAGAAGAUCAGCUUGACGACAGAUGCCGCCAACGGCGACGUCAAGUUUGCCGACUGGGACAAUUUCAAGUUUGCCCCCAUCAGAGAAUCAACCGUUUCUCGUGCCAUGACCAAGAGGUACUUUGCCGAUCUCGACAAGUAUGCCGAGUCCGACGUUGUUAUUGUUGGCGCUGGCUCUGCUGGGUUGUCUGCUGCGUAUGUGUUGGCUAAAAACAGACCGGAGUUGAAGAUUGCCAUCAUUGAAGCUUCCGUGUCGCCAGGCGGUGGAUGCUGGUUGGGCGGUCAAUUAUUCUCGGCCAUGGUCUUGAGGAAGCCUGCUGAGCAGUUCUUGGACGACUUGGGUGUUGAAUACGAAGACGAAGGAGACUAUGUGGUUGUCAAGCACGCUGCCUUGUUCAUGUCCACCUUAAUCUCAAAAGUGUUGCUGUUUCCCUCGGUGAAGUUGUUCAAUGCAACUGCAGUGGAGGAUUUGCUCACCAGGCGCGACGAGACCACCGGGGAGUUGAGAGUCGCUGGUGUGGUUACCAACUGGACUUUGGUGACUUUGAACCACAACAACCACUCGUGCAUGGACCCAAACACCAUCAACUGCGAUAUCGUGUUGUCGGCCGCGGGCCAUGAUGGUCCCUUUGGUGCCUUUUCGGCAAAGAGAUUGGAAGAGUUGACCAAGGACACCCCUCCAGGCAAGUCUGGCUUUACCCGCUCUCCAAUGCUCAGUUUGGACAUGAACUUGGCCGAGGAUGCCGUGGUCAAGGGAAGCACCGAGCGCCUCGACGGUGUUGUUUUCGCAGGCAUGGAAGUGGCGGAAGUGGGUGGUUCCUGGAGAAUGGGUCCAACAUUUGGUGGAAUGGUUUUGCUGGGCUUGAAGGCUGCUGAAUCUGUUUUGAAUGCAAUCGACAUUAGAAAGAAGCAAAAUGCGUCAUGUUACGGUGGAAGUGCUCAAACAAACUGA